AAUAUAUUUGUUUAUUUGCACGUUUUUAUAUUAAUUUUACAAUUUUACAAAGAAAUUCAAUAUAUUUGAUGUUUGAUCAAAAUGAUUACACCUAGGUUCCAGCUAACGCAAGAUGAUAAAUCCCUGACGAUACAAAUCAGAGCCCCUUAUUGUUCCUUACGAGAAUUACAAGUGGAAAUAGAAGACAAUUUAUUUUUAUUUUUCUGCAAACCUUACUUCUUAAGAUUAUUCCUGCCAGGUAAAUUAUUGGAUAACGACAAUUACAAAAGCUCUUUCGAAUGUGAUUCAGGCGAAUUUUCGUUUACAUAUGACAAGGCUGUGCAAGGAGAGCAUUUCGAAGACCUCGACUUUAUAACAAAGUUUCUUGUGAGUAAAGUAGAAACUAGUUACGAAAAUAACAAAAAGAUACUGGUUAUCGAUAAUGAAGCAAAAUUAGAUAACGAUGAAGAAUUAUCCCAAGGAUUUGGUUUUGCUUUGAUGGGACAUAAAAAUUUUGUAGUGGUUAGUUCUGAGUUCAGUGAUGUUUUUGAAAUAGAUCCUAAUGAAGUCAAUUUGAAAGACAGGCGGAAGCUGAGGUUACAAUUUGAACAAGGUAAAUUUGACAUGGGUCAUUACUUAGCAGAUUUUAUAGAAAACGAAGAAAUUCUAAGCCUAAUCGAAUUAAAGUCUCCUUGGAAUGCGCUAGAAGACAGUGAUAUUACUUUUGAUACUAAAGAAUUGGAUUUUUUAAAAGAUUUGCCAAACAUAGAAUAUAAAUUAACUGAUUUGCAAAUAAAGUAUGUUUACCAUGGACUAAUAGAUAUUUUAUAUGCAUUUUGUUAUGAUGGAAGAACUACAGAUUACGAUAUUAAUUCAGAGUCUGGUUGGACAAUCGUCAAGCUGGCUGCAACUUUAUGUUGGUUAGAUGUGUUUGAGCAACCCAAAGAAGCCCUAAUAUCAGCAUUUAGGAGAAGUAUUACCUAUCCGUUAUUUAGAAACUUUGACCUUAGUUUAACAGUAUUCAAUGACCUAAAACAGCUGCUAGCAUCAAACGAAAAGUAUAUCAUUAAAUGUCUUAUUCAAAUUUAUUAUAUCUUCCUUGGAGGUGACUGUUGUAGGUAUAUUUUAAAUAAUUUGUUUAUAAAAGACUAUAUUAUUUACAUUAUGAAUUGGGAUAGAAACAAGUGGAGAGAUUUUGUGAAAGAAAUAAACUCUAUCGAAAUAAAAAAAGAAGAUUUGGGGCUGAAUCUAAGUGAAAUAGAGCAAGGUUUUACGUUAGAAAGUAAACUAGAAAAUCUGAAGAUUUCGGUUGCAAGUGAUGAUAGUGACGAUUCUUCAGAUUCAAGUGAUGAUGACAGUAGUAGUGAGGAAACAGAAUCAAGUAGCGAGGAUAAUUGUGAAGUUGAAAAAUCUCCAGUGAUAAUUGAAACUGUUUUAUAAAUGAUUGUUUUUAAGAUUGAAAGAUAUAUUUUUAAAAAUGUAAUUUAAGUUAAAAUUGUUACUACUAAGUAACUGGUUUACUCAGAUGUGAUGUAGUCAAUUAUUAUUUUAAUCAAUAAAACAAUAACUAUAGGUGAAUACAGGCACAUUCACAUGACAUGAGUUUUGAUAACGCAUAUUAAAUGGUUGUCAUGUGAAAGUGGUUUAAGCGAUUAUUAGUUUAUUUUCUAAUUUUUACAAAGUUCAAUGUGUUGUAUGGUUCCUUUUCUUGUUGUAAAUAUUGUAAUAUAGUCCUUUUACUCGGAAAUAUUUUGACAGAUUCAUUGUCAGAAACAUACAACACAGAAAUUCCUACCUGUCACUAUUAAUAGCUGAAAUAAACUUAAUAGUAGUUUUCUUUCAUUGAAAAAAACAAGAAUAAUGAGAAUGUACACUCAUUAAUUUUUAUUAAAAUUUUCCCUUUUUAAAUACUAAUCUAUAUAAAUUUCGAAAAUAAACUUUUGUAUUAAUU